AUGCAAUCUGCCUUGCGCUACGCUCUCCUGGCCCGGAUCAAUCUAGCUUCUACCACGUUAUUUGCUCGCACGCUCGCAUUGGCCUGGGGAAUUCGAACUGCGACUUGCAACACCUGCAUACCUCCACGCAAGCAGCUCCUCAUUCUGUACUCCCUUGUAUGCGUAUCCGUUUCCCGAGAAAAUGGGAAAUAUCCGACAAUUUUAGCCCUAUCCACAAUCGCAGGCAGAUCUCUUUUGAGACGCGUCAAGUUGAUUUGGAAAGGCCUAUGCUCCAGCUUUACGGCUGCGAAGGAUUCAUUUCCCAAUGGAUCAUCCAGAUCUGACCAGAACCGCAAUCCAAUUCCACCCUCAGAGUCAGAGUCGCAAGAAGCGAUACUAGAUAGUAGCGACGGGUUCUUUGACUCUGAUGAAUUUCACGUACCAGUGAAAAUGCCCGGGGACAUCGUUCUCCCCCAAGUCACCAUCUCGGCCUUCACUGAGACCGGCAUAGCGGAAUCAUCCAUCAAGGUUCCAUUGCAACGGGUUUACACCAGUCAAAAGCCCAUAAUAUCAUCCUGCCUUGCUGACACUCCCUGCGCUGACCUGGGCAUCCAAGGUAUCUUGGAUCAACUCAACACCACCCUCGGAACGUCACAUUCCCUUGAUAUUCCAUCUCUUUCCUCCGUUCUUGAAGACUGCAUCGCGAACAACUACGAUUUUGGCACUGCAUAUUGUCAUCUCCGCAGGGUAUGGUACACCAGUGACUGGAGCACCAUCAAAGAUAAACUACGCAGAGAUGAAAAGAAGGACCGGGAGAGGCGGGAAAAAGCGUUGGUAGGAAACCGGAUCGUCAAUCCACGGUUGCCACCUCGACGUGUCUGGGACUUGUACGGCAAUCGUGUAGUGCCAUGGUGGUACGCCGAGGAAUGGCCAAAGCCAAUAUCGCAUAGAUGGAUGGAUGAGAAGGAUCGCAAUGAUGUGUGGACUCCUAUCAACGGAUAUGAAUGGCCUGUGCCCAUCCCGAAGGAUGUCAGCCUCAACCUCAUCCGAAUUGAGAUGCUGAAUCUGGGAGCCGAGUACACGUGGCUGGAUGUGCUUUGUUUGAGACAGAUGGGUGGGCCAAAGGAGGAAAUACGUGUGGAGGAGUGGAGGCUGGACGUGCCCACAAUCGGAAGGGUGUAUGAUGGUGUCGGGGUGGUAAUAUACUUGAGUGGAUUGGGCCGGCCUUUGAGUUUGAAGGAGUGCGACAUGGACGAUGAUCGGAACUGGUUUAGGCGCGCAUGGACACUGCAGGAUGUCGGGAUUAAAAGGAUCAUUGCCGGGGAUACACCAGAUGGACCGCUGCAUGCAAAGCCAAUAGACGACAUAGGGAACUAUGAGAGUGAGAUACUCACAAGGUUUCACUGGCAGUUGAAGUCCUUGGAAGGUCUCACAUCGGGUUACUCUGAUACCAUUGUCAAUAAUACGGGACAGUAUGAGCCGAGGGAAAUGCAAUCUCCCGAACGCGCUCAUGUUCAAAGACUCGGCGAAGUCAGAAUCUCUGCAUCUGACGAGACCAGGAUCCCCGUAUCAUCGAUUAAAAUUCCAUUGCAGCGUGAAUACAGAGGCAGAAACCCUGUCAUACAGCCUUCUCUGGCGAACACCCUUUGCGCUGAUCUGGGAAUCGAUGGAGUCCUAUAUCAGCUCAACACCGCUCUUGGUACAUCAUACGAGAUGUCCUCACCCCUCUCUCUGCUCCUGGAGUCCUGGAAUAAAAACGGGUAUGACUUUGGUACAGCAUAUGGUCACAUCCGCCCGAGAUGGUACACCAGCUUGAUGUCCAUUGAAAAGGACUUCCGCAUCCUUGAGGAAGAUGACCAGACAAUGCGAAAAGAUGCAGUCAGGGAUAGUCGAACUGUCAAAGCACAGACGCCACCACGGCGUGUCUGGGAUCUGUAUAGUAACCGGGUGGUGCCUCAGUGGGUCAUCCCCAAAAAGACAGCACCAUGGGCAAUCUCACACGCCUGGAUGGAUGAGAAGGAUCGCGUCAAAGUGUGUACCCCUAUCAACAGGAAGGAAUGGCCAGUGCCCAUUCCGAAGGAUGCUGACCUCAACUUCAUCCGAAUUGAGAUGCUGAACCUGGGAGCAGAAUAUGUGUGGGUGGAUGUUCUCUGUUUGAGACAAGAAGAUGGGGAUGGGGAGGCUCAGCGGACGGACUCGGAAUGGCCGCUGGAUGUGCCCACUAUCGGAUAUGUAUAUCGCUGGGCUAAGAUGGUGGUGUACUACUUUAGUGGGCUAGGGAGGCUAUUGGAUGAUACUGCAGGCAACGUGGAAAGUCGUCGGUGUUGGUUCAAGCGUGCAUGGACACUGCAGGAGAUCAGUCAGCAUAGAAUCUAUGCUGGCACCACGGAUGACUCCCUAACGUAUGCCCAAGCGGUUGGCGAAAAAGACAGAGUCCGCAGCUUUCAUGAGCAAUUAGUGGCACUGAAGAAACUCGCACUUGAAGAUAACAGCAUCUUUAAAUGGUGUAGGCACAUGCAGACUCGGUCAUCGGUCCAUCCCACGGAUAAGGUCGUAGGCCUGGCAUUUCCACUGCGAUCCCUCGUAAUUCCAGCGUAUGACGUGAACCGGUCUGACGAAGACACUUGGAAAAUACUGGUGGAAUCGAUGGCGGAAGAGCUUAGGGGAGAAAUAUUCUUCUUGUGUCCUGAAUGCCGUUCCAUAGAGUUGGAGCCACGUACCGAUGCCAAUACCGACACAACAACAUUAGAGGAAGGUCUGAAACACUCAAAAUGGGCACCAUCAUGGAAACAAAUCAUGGAUAUGACACUUCUGUCAGCAGACAGCGUAUCUCUGCGCGAACUCGUCAUACGAAAUGAUAAGAAGGGAAUCGAGGAGACUGGCGACUACCACGAUGGUUUUUGCAUUGAAAGUGCUAACGUGGAGGGACUGUUUUUAGGAGAGCCGACAAAACCUGAUCGAUAUGGAAGGAUGAUUGUCAUUGAUCACACCGGGACAAGCCAUGUACUCAAUGUUGUUGCCAUGCAUCAGCAUCCAAUACCAGAAGGCCCAUAUACAACGAUAGGAAGCCGGACUAUGGAAUAUUGGGUAGUUGGUCGAAGGAUACCCAAGCGACGGUUUGAGAAGGUGUCGGUAAUCAGAAUACCUAAUAAGGAUGAAAGAAAGCGAUUGAAGGAACUGGGUGUCCAUACAAACUCGAGGAACUAUCUCAUUUGA